AUGGCUAUCAGUGUAUCUGAAUCCACAUCUUCGGCACAAACGCCCGCUCCCGCGCCGGCACAGACCGCGAGACAAGCUUCUCCCGCUCAAGCAGCUGGAUCAAACUCCUCUGGUUCCUCGCAAACUGCUUCAGCACCUUCUUCGAGAUCACGGCAGCGGCGGCGUCGUCCCAAUAGAAAUGGUGGACAGCAGAACCGGCGCAACCAGAACCAUAACAGUCAGAACAACAACCAGGAAACGGGUUCCGAGACGCCCGCGACAUCGGACCAGCCUUCGGACCAGACUCAGACGCAGGGACUGAGUCAGGGACAAAACCAGAACCGCUCCCAGAGAGUGACUCAGGCGGACCCCAGUCGUCGAGUUGCUCGGCCCAAACCAAACCAGGAGAACCAGCGCAUGAACGAGAUCAAUCAGGUUAAGAGACGGUGGAAGUCUGUCACGGAACAGGUCCCCGAGGACGCUGCCCGAGAUGCCGGGGCUACUACUCUCACAUUCGACAUGGCUCCCUCAGAUCCCGAUUUUCCGUUCGAAAUUUCGUUUCUCAAGGUCAAGAUGGUUGUGCCCAAGAACUAUCCCAAGGAUGUGCCUUCUAUCGAGGUACAGAACAAGGAUAUCCCCAAGGGCUUUGCCCUGAACGUGGAUGCUGGUUUCUACUCGAUCGCUAAGGAGAAUCUUGGCCGAACUUCCCUCCUGCGAAUCAUGUACCAGCUGGACAAUAGAUUGGAGGAGUUCCUCAAGAUGGACAAGGCCAAGACUAUCAAGAUUGUCAAGUACGCCCAAAAGAAGCCUAGUCCCGAGCCCGCCGCUCCAAAACUCAAGGCUUUCAACCCAUCUGCCAGCGCCUUUGUGCCCGCUGCAAAGUCUGCUGCUCCUGCUGCUCCUGCUGCUCAGAUCUUUGUGCCUCCCAAGGUGGCUGCCGAGCAAAAGAAACAGGUGGAGCUUUUGCGGGCACGCAUCAGGGACCUUCCUCUGCACAAGGAAUCUGCCAGUGGCUACUACUACUCUCUGAACCGUCUGGAGAUUUACCAGUCUUUCUCUACUCCUGAGAUCUUCCAGAACAAGCCUGUUCUUAAGGCCCGGCUUUUUGUUCCCAAACGGUUCCCUGAGAACCGAGACGUUCGAAUCGAGCUUCUCGAAGUCCCUCAGAAGAUCGGACGUGUGGUGGAACAAAAUUUUGCGCGGUUUGCAAAGUACACCACUGAAAAGUGGACUCUCACAGCUCUCGUCAAUUAUUUUGUGACCAAGUUCACCAAACUUUGCGACGACAUCGACGACGUCAAGGAGACCCAUGUAGUUAGGGACAAGGGAAAGGAGAAGGAGUUGGUUGAGCCAGAGACUGACGGUGCUAGCAUGGCUACGGAAGGAGGUGAGGUUUCCGAGGUGACUGAGGGCGUGGAAAAGGUGUCUUUGGACGAGAACAAGGACGAGAACAAGAAGAAGGAGGAAGAGACCGAUACCGAAGGCGUUGCUGAGGACACUACUGAAGAAGACACAAAGGUAACCUCUUACACGGAUGAUGUGCCUACUCUGGAGCCUCGAGGAACCGAGAUCAAGCUGUCUGGUAUCGAGCUGGUCAACAUUGGUGUUCUUGAGUGUUCCACUCUCAACCUGACCGUGAAUUGCACUCGGUGCAAGACCGCCAAUGAUAUUCAGGGUAUUGUUGCUGGUCCCUAUGGCCGCGACGGCAAGGCUGUUGGUGUGUCUUGUUCUCAGUGCAACCAGACUUUAGUCGUUGCUUUCCGAAAGAACCUGAUCCACAGCUUCAACCACUGUGCCGGCUAUCUUGAUCUUGAGGGCUGUGUUCCCUUUGACAUGAUGCCUUCUCUAUUUAUUCCUACUUGCAUGAACUGUUCUGAGUCGUUCCCGCAACCGCUCAAGGGUCUCCAGAGCGGCUUUUCGGCCACUGUCAACUGUCGGGUGUGCCAUAUUCGCAUGACGGUUCGAAUCCCCCAGUGCACAUUUGAGGUGAUUGACGAUUAUGCAAUCCCUGCCGACCGUCUGAAGAAGGUGCAUGUUCGCAAGCGUGCCAAGGAGAAUCUGGGGAUUAAGAUUGGCGAGCCUCUUCCUAACGAGGGCACCUGUCGCCACUACAAAAAGUCGCACCGAUGGCUCCGGUUUUCGUGCUGUGGCAAGGUAUUCCCCUGUGACAAGUGCCACGAUGACAUAAGCAUGCAUGUUGCCGAACAUGCCAACCGAAUGCUUUGUGGAGCCUGCAGUCGAGAGCAGACCAUUACCAAGGAGUGUGAUUCGUGUGGAUACUCCUAUGUUCCUCGUCACAGUGCCCAUUGGGAAGGUGGUAAGGGCAUGCGGGACCAGACCCGAAUGUCCAAGAAGGACAGUCGAAAGUACAAGCGACUGUAG